GUAUUUCCUUUGACGUUUCGUGAAAUGCACUACAUUUCAAAUGCAUUAUAUAAAAUAUGAAGUUCUUUAUUCCCAUUUAGUUUACAUUUCGUAAUAGACCUUGGCAAGCAAUUAUGACGUUCAUGUAGCACAAUGAAAUUGGCAAAACCAACAAUAAUCCUUUUAGUUUUCAUAAUUGUUCUUUCAAUGCUGUUGGCCAACGUAACUAACUUAUUAAGUACAGAACAAUCGUUUGAACCAAAGCAUUUCAAUGAGGGAACUAAAUUAUAUAUGACUGACCAAAAUGAGCACAUAGUGUGGUUUUUACAGAUAUCGGACAUACAUGUCAGUGUAUUUCGUGAUUUGUCACGUAUAUCUGACUUUCGACAGUUUUGUGCGAAUGCCAUUAAGGUUUUUAAGCCCCCGGUUGUGCUGGCUUCUGGUGAUUUGACUGAUGCAAAGACUCAAGACAGUAUCGGCUCGCAGCAGUUCCGACAGGAAUGGGUGGAGUACCGGAAUGUGCUGAACAGUUUGAAUGUGUCUCAGUACACUACGUGGCUGGAUAUUCGGGGCAAUCAUGAUAACUUCAAUGUGCUUAAUUCGCUUUCCAAACAAAACUUUUAUACGAACUAUUCAAUACAAGGCAAAGCCAAUCCACGAUCCUACCUUUAUCAGAUAGAAGUGAAGGGAGAUGUUUAUUCGUUCGUCGCAAUCGAUGCGUGCUUACGGCCGGGACCGCGCCGCCCCUUUAACUUUGUCGGCAUGCUCGACGAUGUGGAAAUAGCCGUUAUACGUAACAUAGUGAAACGAGUCGAGGCUAGUCAUAGUAAAUAUACAAUUUGGUUUGGACAUUUUCCAACUUCGUGUAUUUUAAGUCACGAACCAGGGGGAUUACGGUCAAUUAUUGGGAGACACGAUCAGGCCUUGGUGUACUUGUGCGGACAUCUGCACACACUCGGAGGACUUAUUCCCAAGAUGUACACCUUGCAACAGGAUGGCUUUUUAGAGCUCGAGUUGGGUGAUUGGAAAGAUAAUCGCAUGUAUCGCCUGCUUGCCGUCGAUCAUGGCAUGUUAUCAUUUAUCGACGUUAAACACCAGCAGUGGCCCGUUGUUUUGAUCACAAAUCCAAAGGACGCCCUGUUCUUGAUGCCUCGUAAAGAAAACUUUGAAAUUGUCACCGAAUCUACGCACGUUCGACUUUUGGCGUUUUCUCCUGUUCCUAUCAAAACGGUUAAGAUUCAAAUUGACAAUGAAGCGUGGGUGGUAUGUCGGCAUGUCGAAGGGCCAUUGUACGUGGCCCCUUGGAGUCCAAAGAUGUACAAAAUUGGACUUCAUACCAUUAAAGCGUAUGUUCGUGACGAAGAUGGCAGAAUUAAACUCCAUACUCAGCCCUUUUCAUUAGAAGGAAGGAAACUGUCUUUUGAAUUUUUGGCAAAAUUUGUCUUAAUGACGAAUGCAAGCACUUUCUUUAAGUGCAUGUUUUGGACUUUUAACCUCGUGGCGAUAUUGCCAUUGAUGUUGUUAAGGAUGGUUCAUUAUUGUGCCAUUAAAAAACACAUCAUUUCUAAAACAGGAGGCUUCACCGGCUGCUUUUACCUGUGGAUCAGGAAGCUGUGGACUUUAUCGUCCGUCGAUCGAAUCUUUUGGCCCACAGUUUUGUACCCGAUUUACUUAACAGUAGGCCCUUGGUCCGUCGGAUUUAUUGUCGAAGAUCGUCUAGGCGCUAUUUUUGCAUGGGGUAUAUACGUCGACGGUAUUUUUUUGCCAGGUUCGUUUACGUAUGCCUAUGGAUUUAUACAGCUGUUCACUUUCCAACUGCCUCUAAUAUUCAUUCUGGCAAACGGUGUGGAUUUUCGGGUCCGAUGUCUUAUGGAGAAAGAAGAACCGUCUCAUUUGGUUAGAGUGCGGCUGCAUCUACCCUUUAUUGUACUUUUAACCCUUCAAGUCAUAAUGGCUUACUUUUUCUGGUUGGCUUAUGGGACCUUGGCCUUUCUACUUGGUGUGCUCCGUACGUGGUCGAUAGUCCUUGCCGUUAUAUUAUGGAUAUUGACGCUGCACUUGCCAGAGCGCUGCGCGUGGGGCGCAGCGAAAAUUUGGUCGCACAAAUGUGAGCAAGAAUCGGUAUCCACUUCGAACGCGGGUCUGAGUGCGUUCAAAUAAUUCAUAUAGCAAUGUGAUUUUAGUAUUUUACUUUGUAAAUGUGAUAUAAGAUAUUUUUGUAGUCAAAUCUGUUCAAUGGCCUUAAUCAAAUGACUGGUUAGAAUUGUAAAUUUUAAGUACGUUUUAUAAUGUUUGUAUUUUCUAUGUGAUUGUAAUGUUUUUGUCGCCAAUUACCAUUACUUAUUUAGGUACCUCGAACUUUCCAGUGUAUGAUUGUAUUAAUACUAUACUAUACACCAAUUAAGGAAAAUAUACAUACAUAAUUGUUUUUGUUUUA